CCCACAUACAUAUCUUGUCGAACUCUCUCUCUCUAGCAUUCGUUUGGUCUUCAGUAGAUAGCUAAGAAAUUAUGAGAGAUUUUGGGCUGGAUCUAUUUGACCCGAGAACCGCCGUAAUGGACUCCGACUCCAACUCGUCUCCGACCGGCGGCCGUGACCCGGACUUCGGUUUCGCCUUCAACGACAGCAAUUUUUCGGACCGGGUUCUCAGAAUCGAGAUUGUCGCGGAUCCACCCGACGCGCCACUGGAGACGGAGGGUUUCCGUACCCUAGCUGAUUGGGCCGUCCGCCGGAGCAAACGACGCCGUGGUGAUGCUGUGAAAAAGAAGAAUGCUUUGGAUAUUACCAGUUCCUCGAGAGAGCAGGUCUUAUGUUGUCAGCAGCCAGCUGUUGAAGAAGGCAUAGGCGAUGAGAAUUAUGAUGAAGAAGAAAGUCUGAAGAUGGAAGACUCGCCUUCAGGUGAUGAAGCUGAAAACAGUGAUGACUCAAAUUGGUCUGAAGACGAUUCAAGAAUUUUAAGAGUCGAAACGUUACAUAUAAGCUCUCCCAUCUUAGCAGCAAAGAGCCCAUUUUUCUAUAAGUUAUUCUCAAAUGGAAUGAUGGAAUCGGAACAGAGACACGUAACCCUGAGAAUUAGUGUUUCUGAGGAAGCUGCGCUAAUGGAGCUCCUGAAUUUUAUGUACACCAGUACAUUAAAUACCACUACUGCACCUGCUUUGCUAGACGUGCUUAUGGCUGCUGAUAAGUUCGAGGUAGCUUCGUGCAUGAGAUAUUGCAGUCGUCAAUUAAGAAACUUGCCCAUGACUCCAGAAUCUGCAUUACUUUAUCUGGAUCUUCCUUCUAGCAUCCUAAUUGCUGAUGCAGUUCAACCGUUGACCGAUGCAGCAAAACAGUUCUUAGCUGCUCGUUAUAAAGAUAUAUCAAAGUACCAAGAAGAGGUGAUGAAAUUGCCUCUAUCUGGAAUCGAGGCAAUCUUCUCCAGCGACGACCUUCAAGUGGCUUCAGAAGACGCUGUGUACGACUUCAUGCUGAGGUGGACUCGAACUCAUUUCCAAAACCCAGACGAGCGUCGAGACAUCCUCUGUUCUCGUUUGUCUCCCCACAUCCGUUUCCCUUACAUGACCUGCAGGAAGCUGAAGAAGGUUCUGACUUGCAACGACUUCGAUGGCAGUUUCGCAAAUAAAAAUGUGCUCGAAGCCCUCUUCUUCAAAGCAGAGUCGCCGCACCGCCAGCGGACCUACGCCACAGAGGAUUCCACCUCCACGAGCCGCCGUUUCGUCGAACGGGCCUACAAGUAUAGGCCAGUUCGAGUGGUGGAAUUCGAACAGCCACGCAAACAGUGCGUGGUGUAUUUAGAUCUUAAACGGGACGAAUGCGCGAAUUUAUUCCCGUCCGGACGGGUAUAUUCCCAAGCCUUCCACUUAGGCGGACAAGGUUUUUUCUUGUCCGCACACUGCAACAUGGAUCAACAGAGCUCGUUUCAUUGCUUUGGUCUGUUUCUCGGAAUGCAAGAAAAGGGUUCCGUUUCGUUCGUUGUCGACUACGAAUUUGCAGCUAGGUCGAAACCUACGGAGGAUUACAUUAGCAAGUAUAAAGGUAACUACACUUUUACAGGGGGGAAAGCAGUCGGUUAUCGGAAUUUGUUUAGCCUUCAGUGGACUAAUUUCAUGGCUGAGGACAGUCUUUAUUUCAUCAACGGUGUACUCCAUCUUAGGGCUGAGCUUACCAUCAAACAGUGAAAUCGUGAUUCCGAACCUCGAUUUCGUUCCGGAGUGUCUGUUGUACUGCUAAUUUAUUCAACAUAUAUCAUUGGAUUAUUAACAUGAUAAAACAGAGAUUGCAGAUGUAUGUGUAAGUUACGUGACAGCUAUUUUGCUGUAAAUAGAAUAUAGUUUUUUGCAGA